CCAGAGGAGCAACAGGUUGAUGAGAGUUCAACUGACAGAGCACUGAACCCUCAGCACUAAGAAACCAAACCAUACCAUAGAAAGACUGCUCUUAUACACCCCCCCCCACACACACACACUCAAACACACAAAGUCUCUGAUACGGUUCACACAUUUACUCAAACACAUACACACAGUAUUGAACACAAAUCUAUUCACACCCACAUCUCUCUCUCAUUUACAUCCUGUCGUGUGAACAGUCUCACAUAGUCUCACCAUACCAUAGAACAGUCUCAGGUGUGUUAUGUAAAGGAUAAUGAAACUCCAAUGUACUAGUGUCAGAGACACAGGGGCUUCCAGCUUCAGGAGGAGUAUCAACUCAGAGGACCUUUGACCUCACACGUAACACUAGAGUCCCUUGUGAGUCUGGACCGGCAAGGUAUUAUGUUACCCCGUGUAUGAGUUCAUUUUCUUCUGUGAGUGUCAUUUGUUUGCAAUGGAAGAGUCAUUAACACUGAUAGGCAUGGAGGUUGUCUGCUAGUCUGGCUAGUCUAACAUGUCGCUGUCAGGUUACGGACUACACUGUCACCGCGCGGUCAUCACCAUCUGUAAGCUGAUUGGUGUAGAGGACAUGUACGCCAAGGUAGAGGGCUCCGUCAACCUGCUCAACAUCACCAGGGCUCUGUUCACCGGACUGGCUAAUCAGGAGACCCACCAGUCCCUGGCUGGAAAGAAGCAGCUCCAUGUGGUAGAGUUUCAGCCGGAUGUCGGGCCCCUGCCCCUCAUCGUGGCCACCCCUAAGAAGGGAGUGCAUCCUGACCCCAAACCCGAGGAAGAGAUCCCCAACACGUGGCUCACCUGGGACGACGUCCGUGCCACUCAGUGCAUGAAACGCUCAGUCUGGGCCGGGAUCAAGAGGACCAUCUGGUGACCGCAACACAACGAUAAUGCGAACAGAGCAGAAGUCCGGCCCUAUGAACUGGAGCGGUGGGGUUGGAGAGAUGUUUGGCUGGGUUCAGGUUGUUGGGUGGUGAGUGUGACUGGGAAGGAAGCGUUGCUCUCAGGCAUCAUGAGACUUCUCAGACUGGAGCUCCAUGGAGCUCCUCAUCAAGAGACUCACCCUAGUGGAAACGACAUAUGAGACACUCUUUUCACUCCACUACAAUACAGCUACGACCGGAAGUGAUUUUCGUAGCCGGUUAGGUGAGCAUUUUUGCUAACCCUACCCAUUUUCCUAACCUUAACCUAAUUCUCCUAACCUGGUACGUUAAUUCUACGAACCUGCUACGAAAAAUUCAUUUACGGUCAUAGCUGUAUUGAAGUGGCGUGAAAAGAGUGUUUCUCGUGUGCAUGUAACAUCAUUACUUUGUAUUUCACCAAAAGUUGUGAAAUGCAUCGAAAGAGCUUCAUAUCUAAACAGUUUAACUCAACCAAUAGAGUGUGUCUGUUUGUACUGUCAGAAUAAUGUUGUUUCAAAAUCACUUGUUCAUGUGACGUUGUUGAAAAUGAGAGCUGUCUUAUAAAAAAUGUAAACUCUCCAAAAUGGCUUGUGAUGUGUUCUAUUGCUUUUCAAGGAGCUGUCAGGACAUGUCGUGCUUUGAUGCCAGUUAUAGUGAUAGUGAUCAUUUCCUCAGCAGCUGUCCACUGCUCGCUCCAGAGGCUCUUGCUGUUUUAGCUUUUCAGUUAAUUUCCACCUGCAUUCCAGUAUGCAACUACUAACAUAGUCACCACCUUCCACAAGCAUCAUGAAAACGAAACUUUGCAACAGGAAAACGAAACAAUGCAGCAAGAAAAUAGCAUCAAAGAACACAAGAGCUUUUAACAGUGAAUGACUUUGUAAACUCAAAGUAUACAUUUCUGCCGUACUUUUCCGUACUCUGACUUGCCAUGUUAUCUCUCCUUGACUAUUUUCAGACUCUUUAUUGUGAAUAGUUAUCAUAUUUUAAUAGCCCCUUUAGUCAACUUAUGAGUUAUUAAUAAUUAUGUGUGCUGUUUACCUCAACUUGGAAACCCCUUGGCAGGGAGUCUCUAGUUUGUCGUCUGAAGAAGCAUUCAUUCACACAUGAACAGCUCUCCAAAGAAGGGAUCCUUCCAACAGUGCUGUCUGUCUUAAGCCAGACAGGUAUUUAUUUCAAUAGUGUUCUCUUCAUAUGGUCUUGAACUUGGUGGUUGAACUAAUGGUAGGAUUCAAACUAAGUAGUUCUUUAAAGACUUUCAGCUGAAUAUUUUGUUUGGUGCAGGACAGGUGUAAUAUGUUAUGUGACCUCUCCACCACUUGGGGGUGCUAUUAGCACCUGAUAUUCAGGCUUCUUAUAUUGUUUGUCUUUAUUAUGGAUAAAAUGUGGAUUUUCUUGUCAGUCAUGAGACUAUAAUAUUGUACAUAUACUGUAUAUGUUAUGACAUCUCGUAGCUUAAGUUCCUUGUUUUUCAUCUUUCAUGAAGUAUCAUUCGAUUUAUUGUAUUGCAACGAAUGUAACAUUCUUAAGAAUGCAAACUGCUCUCCCAAGGGAAUAAACUUUCUUGGGCCAGCGGUUAUGUCCUCAUGUCACAUUUCUUAUACCAUUCUCACCUUUAAAUCCUUGUAAGAUUAAAAGGGAUCAGAUAUACUCCUAUUUAGGGUGGAGGUUCUAUCCAGAUGUCAUUUCAAAGUCAAGGUUUGAUUUACAUUUGUUUGACUUGUCAACUAAUGUGAUUUCAACAUGAAAAUUAAAGAAAAUGGCACCAUGUCAUUGGAUUAGAUUAAAAGUUGGGAGGGGGAAAAAGAAAUUCCCUUACAUUGAUGACUUUUUGCACAUUCCCCCUAAAAAAACAGUGGAUGUUAUUAUUUAUAUUAUAAUUAUUAUAAACAGUGCACUGGGUAUGUGACCAAGAAAGGUAUGUAUUGGAUCUUGUCUGUUACCUUUUUUUAUUUUCUGUUCCACCUUCUGUUAUUUUUAGUAUUACAUUGUUAUUGAUUACUGCAUUGAUUACUGCAAGAAAGGCAUUUCACUGUACUUGUGCACGUGACAUUAAAACUUGAAACGUAUAAGGUGCAAUCCAA